AUGCGCAUGCGCCGGGCUCACGUCCCACCUGCUCAGGUCGCGCCCCGGGGCCUGGGCGUCCGGCCUGCUGUGCGCAGGGGUCCGGCAAAGCGGCGGCAGCGCUGGCCAGGCGGCUCGGUCACACAGGGUCGUGUGCAGGGCUCGGCGGAGAUGCCAACAGGAGACCCGAGGGCCUUGGCGUCGGAGAAGCGGGAGGAGCCCCAGCCGCCCGCGGAUCGGGCCACCAGGUCGCUUCCUCCCUCCCCAGCCUGUGGGGUCUCGUUGGGUCAGGGCUCCGAGCUCUCGGCGCCGUGGGCCCUGUCGGUGGAAGGGGGCUGGGCUUUGCCGUCAGGGAGUAGCCGCUUCGGAAAAUGCCCCUUCGUAGUCUAUCAAUUGGCCUUAUUUCCUCGGUGGGAAUCUAGCCAUUAUGAUGUAGUAGUUGGUGUGUUGUCAGCCCGCAAUAACCGUGAACUUCGAAAUGUGAUUAGAAGCACCUGGCUGAAGCAUUUAAUACAACAUCCAACACUAAGUCGACGCGUGCUGGUCAAGUUCAUCAUAGGUGCUCGUGGCUGCGACGUGCCCGUGGAGGACCGGGAAGACCCUUACUCCUGCAGACUGCUCAACAUCACGAAUCCAGUUUUGAAUCAGGAAAUCGAGGCGUUCGGUCUUUCUGAAGACACUUCAUCAGGGCUCUCUGAGGACCGCGUCGUCAGUGUGAGCUUCCGAGUUCUCUACCCGAUCGUUAUUACCAGUCUUGGAGUGUUUCAUGAUGCCAGCGAUGUGGGUUUCCAAAGGAACAUCACGGUCAAGCUCUAUCAGGCGGAACAGGAGGAGGCCCUCUUCGUUGCUCGCUUUAGCCCUCCGAGCUGUGGCGUGCAGGUGAACAAGCUGUGGUACAAGCCUGUGGAGCAGUUCAUCUUGCCAGAGAGCUUUGAAGGUACAAUCGUGUGGGAGAGCCAAGACCUCCAAGGCCUCGUGUCAAGAAAUCUGCACAAAGUGACAGUAAAUGACGGAGGGGGAGUUCUCAGAGUCAUCACAGCUGGGGAGGGUUCAUUGCCUCAUGAAUUCAUGGAAGGUGUGGAGGGAGUUGCAGGUGGUUUUAUUUAUACUAUUCAGGAAGGCGACGCCCUCUUACGGAGCCUUCGCUCUCGCCCUGGAAGACUCGCCGAUCAUACGCGGAGCCUCCGCAUGGAAGAUGCCUCGCUGGAGGAGGAGAGCGGUGUCUAUGGUGACAUCGUUUUUGUGGAUGUCGUCGACACUUACCGGAAUGUUCCUGCAAAGCUGUUGAACUUCUACAAGUGGACUGUGGAAACGACCAGCUUCGAUUUACUGCUGAAGACGGAUGACGACUGUUACAUAGACCUGGAGGCUGUGUUUAACAGAAUUGCCCACAAGAACCUGGAUGGGCCUAAUUUUUGGUGGGGAAAAUUGAACUGGGCCGUUGACCGAACCGGAAAGUGGCAGGAGCUGGAGUACCCCAGCCCUGCGUACCCCGCCUUCGCAUGCGGGUCGGGGUACGUGGUCUCCAAGGACAUCGUCCACUGGCUGGCCAGCAACGCGGGGAGGUUGAAGACCUACCAGGGUGAAGAUGUAAGCAUGGGCAUUUGGAUGGCAGCCAUAGGACCUAGGAGAUAUCAGGACGGCCUGUGGCUGUGCGAGAAGACGUGCGCGUCGGGGAUGCUGUCUUCUCCGCAGUACUCCGCACGGGAGCUCACGGCACUCUGGGACCUGAAGGAGCUGUGCGGUGACCCGUGCCAGUGUGCAGCCCGAUGACGGUUUAAGUCGCCGCGUGUAAAGCUCAGGGUAGGCGAACGACAGUCCGUGGACGUGUGAGGACAGCCGAGGUUUGGCAGCGAUUCUGUGGUCCUUCCGGAGAGUCUAGGCUGGCGCUUCUGUAACCAGUGUGGUAUCUCUUAAUGUUUGCACAAGUUUUUCCUUUUUAAAAAUCAACUGAUACUGUAGCAUAAGACAAACUCUAUUUAUAUAUUGGAAGAUGAUUUGAAAAAUGCCAAAUAGUUUAUAAAAGAAUAUUUGUAAAUCCAGAUAUAUCAUUUCUAGUUAGUAAUUCAUUACCUGUCAUUUUUUGUAAAACUUGGCUUGUUCAGACAUCGUUAGUAGCUGAGAGUUGGAAUUUCGGCUGGAUUGCAGAAUAGCUGCGUAUAGCGUAAUUAUCAUUAAUAUGGGCCAAAAACGACUCACGGAAAUGCUGCGUGAGGAUCUGUGGGCAGUGGUCACUCAUACCAAAGUGUGUGAUUUCUGGGAAUAAUGUCAGAUUUCUGUGGACGUCUGGAUGAAGUGGGCAGCUGAAGCCAGGUAGUUCUCAGUUCUGGGCCUCGGUCUUGAAGUUUGUAUUAAGUGCCCUAAUGCAAGUUUUCUUUUGCCACAUCACAUAAAUCCUGAAGGUCAGUCGAGCAUUUUUUUUUUUUUUUAACAUAAGUUAAAUCAAGUAUACCUCUCAGGAUUUUAAGUAGUUGCCACUUUAAAAGAAUUUUGCUUUCGUCCUGUCAUUGCCUGAUGGUCACCUGAUCUUUUAUAGACGCUAUGCUCAGUGUAGGUGUGACCGUGGAGGAAAAGCCCUGCAGUUGAGAGAUCGUAGCAUGUAUGUCAUGCAGCGUAGGGGCUGUGCCUCCCUACGUUUAAGGGACAUUCCCAAAUGACCGACCUAAUCAUUUUAGUAACUUUUUAAACUGGUAGUAGCAAGAGAAUUCCAUUAAAAGUGGCCUUGUGACAGACAUUAACUGUGCUCAGAUUUUGUGAGAUUUAGCUAGGUGCUAUUUGACAUUGAAAUCUCCACGUAAUGAAAUGCAGUCAUGACCUAUAAAAUAUGAAAUAAAACCAAAAUCAUUAGUAGGUGCAAAGCCUUUAUUGCUAUUAUACACGAGGUGAGAAACGGUCUCUUCCCAAAUGAAAAGUACCACCUUUUUUAUCCUCAGGGCACGUUAUAAAACGUGUCCCAAUAAAUCCUUUACUUCCGGCGAACCCCAGUCACAACAAGCAGCCUAGUGGCCUCGGGUUCAGUUAGCUGUUACCAUCGCACUAACAGACAGUCUCCAUUUUCCACAGAGUAAAACUGUAACGACUGUUGGUCACUUUCUAGUUCGAUCUCUCUGCCCGGCAUCUGAAAGUAGAAAAGGGGGCUCAUUAAGACAGAUCUGACGGAGCGUAAUGUAUGGCGCCCCCAGACAGAGGGGUCGGGUCUCCGUGCGGAAUGAGUGUUAUAGACUCAGUUUGACAGCAUGUCAUCCUGUGGGGGACGAAGUGUGACUGUGUUUGCCGGGCAACUUACUUUGGGACUUUCAUAGGACAACAGAAGGUCUGACGCAGGAACUCUGAGGAGACGCGACAGCAUUCCUUUCACUUUCUGAACUGUCAUGGAGUCUGUCACAGAAAAAAGAAAAACCGUCCAUUCUCUGAUAUGACAGUUACCUGUGUUACUGGCUCACGUGACAAUUGCAAUGACAGGUGAAAUGCAUUUCACAGUCUCACUUGACCCAAGUAAACGAUUAGGGAAAGGUGCACCGAUCACGUACUGCACCGACAGUCACUUGGGGACCGGGCCAGUGCCUGACCCAGGCGUCCUCUGACAGGGCGUUCACACACCACUUCCUCCGAAUAAACCAGAAACCAUUAACUUUUCAAAGUUUUAAAAUCUGUGAUGGCGUGACGGAAAGACUGCCGGAGCGGGCGCUCACCCUCUGUGAAGUGAGGGAAGCUGGGUCGCCGUGUCCCCUCCAGGCGGCCAGCCCGGCUGUGCUGACCUGUGCUCGACACACUGGCCACCAGGCAUGGGAAUGUGACUUUAUGGUUUGUUCAGAAAACACUAUGAACUUUUUUUUCCAAAGAUGGGUCUGUGGUAAUGUUGGCUAUUUUGAUUGAGAAAUAGUUCCUUUGAAGCUUUAGCUGGAGGUGCAGCAAUAGUGUGGCGUUCCUAUAAAUACCACAUGUAUUCAAACGUAUUUUUCUAUCGAAAAUCAUUUUGGAAAAGCUGUUUUUAUGCAACUUGUAAUAAUAAAUGUUCUUUAUUUUAGAAUAAAAAUGGACUUCUUAAGUUUA